AUGGCAUCGACAUUCUUCAAUAACAAGGCCCGAGCAGCCGCUGCAGCUUCCUCGAGCGGAUCCAAGACGAAACAGACCGACAGCAAGGAAGAUAACACUCGGCUACAGCCAUGGGUUGAGAAAUAUCGUCCAAAGACGCUCGAUGACGUUGCUGCACAGGAUCACACAACAAAAGUCCUCCAACGGACACUACAAGCUUCCAAUCUCCCCCAUAUGCUCUUUUAUGGACCUCCCGGAACAGGCAAAACUUCAACAAUCCUCGCAUUGGCCAAAUCUCUCUUCGGUCCGGCCCUCUAUCGCUCCCGCAUUCUGGAAUUGAACGCCUCCGACGAGCGCGGUAUCGGAAUCGUCCGUGACAAGGUCAAGAACUUUGCUCGUGCGCAACUCUCCCAACCUACCGGCCUCGAUGCUGCGUACCGUGCGCAAUAUCCAUGCCCACCCUUCAAGAUCAUCAUCCUCGACGAGGCAGACAGCAUGACUCAGGACGCCCAGUCUGCGCUCCGUCGCACAAUGGAACAGUAUUCUCGCAUCACGCGUUUCUGUCUCGUCUGCAACUACGUCACACGGAUCAUCGAGCCUCUAGCCAGUCGUUGCAGCAAGUUCCGAUUCAAAAGUCUCGACAAUGCUGCGGCUGGCGAGCGUGUUGCCGAGAUCGCCCGUGCUGAGAACCUGAAGCUUGAUGAUGGUGUCGUGGACACUCUCAUCCGAUGUGGUGAGGGUGAUCUGCGUCGUGCGAUUACGUAUCUUCAAAGCGCAGCUCGCCUGAUGGGUGCAACGCGCACGGGAGGCAAAGGUGGUGACGAGGAUGCUGAAAUGGUAGAUGCGGAUGACUCUACAUCAGGGGUUAUAACCGUCAGAACUAUUGAGGAGAUCGCGGGUGUCGUUCCCGAAAAUAUCUUGGAUAACUUAAUGCAGGCCAUGCAGCCAAAACCGACGGGCUCGGCAUAUGAGGCCGUUUCAAAGGUAGUAACCGAUCUAGUUGCGGAUGGCUGGAGUGCAACGCAAUUGGUCAUUCAGUUAUACCGACGGGUCGUAUUUAACGAGGCAAUUCCCGACAUUCAGAAGAACAAAAUUGUCAUGCUGUUCUCAGAACUGGACCGACGGCUUGUGGAUGGCGCCGAUGAACAUCUCUCUGUGCUCGACCUUGCGUUACGUAUUGCAAACGUGCUUCGGGGAUAG